CAUGCUUGUUUUGCUGGGCCCUCGUGCUUUCUAGUGAUAAACAGGUGGACCUUGAGGUGGAAAAUGUUGAGAACCCCUGAUGUAGAUUAGAUGUGUUGGCCAUUAAACCUGAUUCAGAUUCAGGUUCAGGAGACUGUACCGCGUGUGCGUGUGUGAUCUCCUCCAGUCCGGUAGGGGGCAGUAUGCAGGAUCGCUCCUCUAUGAGGAAAAUGAGGAGGAAGAAAAAGUUGUUUGGGCUGCUUUGAAGGUUUUAGCGCGAGCGCUCCGGUUUUAUUUGUCCGGUUUUGUUUGUAUUGGAAAUGAAUCAAAAUCCCGGCUCUGAAUCGAUUCAGUGAAGCUGAACUGGGCGGGUUCGUGUCCGAGCCUGUGCGGCUCUGAGUGGAGCUGAAGAGGAGGAGCUCAGUAAUGUCUCACUGUCGCAGUGACAGCAGGGACAGCAGUGAGUGCAGUGGGUGCAGUGGGUGCAGUGGAUGUUGUGGACGUUGUGAUUUAGAAGAAUGGAGGAGUUUACAGAGCGCUAUAAGGACUGCAGUCGAGUGGAGUGGGCGUGGCUGCAGGACCUGUACUCCGCGGUGAGGGACCGGCUGCACCCCGCUGUAGGAGCCUCUCUCAGGGUUCCUGUGGAGCAGCUGGCUGAGGCCGUGCUCCGGAGCGUGAGGAGAACCGUGGGCUCUCAGUCUUUACCGGUCAGCUACACGUUUGUGUCUGUUUCAGAGCUGCUGAGCAGGCAGCGCACGUCCUGCUGCAGCAGCCUCACCUGGAGCACCGGUCAGUACAGAGAACGGGCCGAGGAGGCGGAGCAAGCCGUGCCUAAUCACAAAGCCCUCCCACGCACCAACCUCCUCCUGAUCGGCCUUCUGUGUGAUGGACGCGCCUCGGGGCAGUGUGACGGGUUUUGGAGGGUGAGGGACGUAACUGGAAGCGUUCACUGCGAGGUGCUGAAGUCCUCCCCUCUCUGGCUGGGGAAGCUGAUGCUCUUCCCCACAUGGAACUACAUCUCCCAGGAUGCACCUGGACAGGAAUCGGGCUACUUAGAGCUUAUUGAAUCUCCUAUCUGUGUGAUCCCUGAACCAACAGCGUCUGACCCCACAGAGACUCUGAGUGAGGUCAUCGGGGUCAGAAAGGCGGCCAGGCUGCUGAGGCAGAAGGUCAGUGCAGGUGUGCGUGUAUGUGUGAGUGGAGAAGUGGGUGUGGUCUGCCCCCUGUUGGUCAUCGCUGGGAAAAGCUUCUUCUGCCUUAUUCUUGCUGAAGGGGAUUCCACUGUACCCAUACUGGUCACUGACCCUGAGUGUGUGUACUGGAGGCAGUGUGUGUGUGUGGGCCAGAGUGUGUGUGUUUCAGCGCUGCGUGUGUGUUCUGUCCGUGGGUGGGCGGGGCACAGAGUGCUGUCCGUCACGUCACAUUCCCGCCUCCAUCCAAACCCACACGCCCAGGAAGAUUCUGAAAACACACACUCACAAUCAGACUCGCGCACACACUCACAAUCAGACUCACAAUCAGACACACACACACACUCAGAACCUGACCCACACAGACCACAGUCACUGACAGACACACGCCUGCAGGAGGACACACACUCUGAAGGUGACCCGGCUCAGGGGGGCGCCGGUCCGGCAGACAGUGUUUAUCCAGUGAGGAGAAAACUCUCCAGAAUCAUCAGCUACAGGGGCCGGAUCUCCAGUGUCCUGAACGCGGAGGCGGGGCUUUAUGAGAUUGACAGGAAGGUGGGGCUGUGUUUAGCCUAUCAGCCGCUGAGGAAGUGGUGCAGCGGGUUAAGACCGGGGGCGGAGAUCGAGCUUCAGAACGUCCACUUCCUGUUCCGUCCGUCCCCGUUCUUUCCUGACGUCGUGCUGUGUGUGUGUCUGCGCUCCAGCGUGUGUGUGAUGGCCUUCAGUCCUCUGAGGUCAAAGGUCGCGACUCUGAGGUCAGACGGUCCGCUGCUGUGUUACCUGUUAGAGAGAAACCUGGGAGUAUCUGAGUUCCUGUGGCUGUGCUACUGCCACGCAGCGCUGACCGAGAGGCUGUGUCCGCGGUGGGUGUGUGAGGGCCGUGUGUGUGUGGUGGCUGGACGGUUGCUGCAGUUUGUUUUAGGAGAAGAGAAGAAGAGAAAGAAGAGAGACAUUUACAGAGAGAUGCUGCAGGACCCUCACAGCUGCCCCCUAACUGAGUACUGUGUGGGCAGUCCUAGUGUGUGUGUGUGGUCAGUGAGGGAGCUCUGUGAUUGGAUGGAGAAGGAGUCCUGGGAGUCUCUCUCUCUCUCCUCGCUCGUCCCCCCCUCGGCCCCCUAUCUGACCCAAGCUCAGCUCAACCCACUGCUCAGCUGGUCCACACACACGCUGCUGAUGCACUCUGGCUCCGCACACACUGACCGGCUGCUGGUGGGCGUUCUGGAGUUUAGUUCCAGCAGAGCAAGCGUGAGGCUGGUGGACCAGAGCGCCGCUGUGGAGUGUGUGUGUGUGGAGAACAACCAGUCAGAAGAUCAGUACACAGCCAUCAACACCGCCUGGACAGGUUGUCUGGUGUGUAUCCGGCGGUGUACUUUAGUGAUGGAGAGAUUCUUGAAGACGGAUUUCCCCUCCUGGAAACACCUGGACCAACACAGACACAUCUCACACAGACACUGCAGGGUUUAUAUCCAGGUGUGUAUGGAAGACCUGCACAUCCUCAGCCCCUCAGCCUCCAUGAGCACCAUCCUCUCUGAGCGAAGGAGGGAAGGAGGGAGGACAGCAGGUGUGAAAGAAGGACAGCAACGUGAUGGAAGGAGAGAAGAAGAAGAAGGAGUGAAGGAGGGCAUUCAGAUGGAUGAGUGCAGCGGUCAGUCAGCCCAGACUGGGAGGAUGAAGAGGAAGAGGGAAACAGAAGAGAGGAGAGAAAGAUGCAUCAAAAAGCCCAGAGACCACAGUAACCAUUGUGACGACCCAAGCGCGGUGGGGUCAGCGUCCGCGUCCUCUGACCCCUGCGUGUCGCUGCUGUUUCGCGUGGACAGUAAACAGGGUGUGGCCUUCAGGAACCUCCAGACGUCCAAUGAGACGCGAGGACUCAGGCUGAGUUUCGUCACCACGGUGACGUGCCUGGGAGACGUGCAGAGGUGGGACAGAGACCCCAAAAAUGGACGGGUGGAGGAGAGAGAGAGAGCAGGAGGAGAGAAGAAGAUGGAGCUGCAGUUUGUGGAUUCCUCAGUUCGGUGGUUCCCUCUGCUGCAGCCAGGAUCAGAGUACAGACUCAUCACACUACACACACAGGAUGUGAGUGUGUUGUGUGGCAGUAGUGUUCCUGUAAGGGGAGGAGUCACUCUCCUCAGUAGCCCCGCCCUCCUCAUUCAGCCUCAGUGGCGCAUACACACACUCACACAGUCACUGCUCUGUGCUCAGAUUCAGACCUUGAUGACCGUUUCUGAAGUUCUUCACUGCAGCUCUGAUGUCGUCUCCUUUUAUGGAAUUAUAUCCCAGCGAAUCACAUUACAGGAAGAAAGAGGGCAAACGUCCGCCGUCCAAUCACUGAUCAACGCCAAAGACGGGGUUGUGGAGCGGGAUCUGCGUGUGCGCCUGACGCUGCAGGACUCUGAAGCUCCAGAUCAGAGCCUCCAGGUUUAUCUGGAUCUUUCCCACACUCCCUACAUACCAGGACUCCUCGCCGGGGCAACAGUACUGCUGCACCACUUUCAGCGCAAAGUGUCUGUUGUGCGGAACGUGUACUGCUGCUCGCUGCCCAUAAGCUGUGUGACGGUCACUGGUUUCGGGUCACUUAAGCCCCGCCCUCCCCCUCCUAUGAUGCACCUGGGGCGAUGGGCGCCAGCCAGGGCUGAGCAGAGCAUCGUGGGUCGGGUCAGAGCUCACGUGGUCUGUGUCCUGUCUCUGCAGCUGAAGUGGGUGUGUUCUCUCUGCGGGAGCGUUUCCAAACAGGCUGUCUGCACGAGGAGCUGCCCUCCGUGUGACUCCACCACUGCAGUGUUCCAGGCGGAGGCAAAAGUGGCUGUAGAAGACGGUACCGGUGAGGCGCAGGUGUGGUUCUCCACGGAGACGGUUGCUGAGCUGUUGUCGCUGGCCGUGACUGAGUGGGAGGGAAUACAGAGGCAUGUCAGGGUCAAAGGUCAUCUCAGAGUGUACGCACGUGGCCGGAACAUGGUGUGUGAUGUGGACCCUGACGAUCCUCUGGUCCGGUAUCUCUGCGCUCUGUGUUCCAGCAGCACAGUCUGUCGCCAGCUCUGUCUCACCUGCUCACUGCGCUCGCACAGACCAGAGAAAGCUCAGCUGAGGAAAGUGAGCCGAGGAGAGAGAGAGUUCCUCACCAAGUUUCCACAGAGUCUUCAGCUGCACUGCACACACAUCCACACCUCACACUGACACACACA